AUGUGCAAAGAGAGUGAACAUCUUCUGGUGUUUAUUGGCCAGCUGGAUUUCCUCUCCACAUAUAGGACUUCACUUAAUCCUGUCCUUCCCUUCUUCUCUCUAGGUGUAAUUAUUGUCCCCAGUGCUGGUGUUGGCAUUGUCCUGGGAGGCUACAUUAUAAAGAAAUUGAAACUUGGUGCAAGAGAAUCUGCUAAACUUGCCAUGAUCUGCAGUGGUGUGUCUUUACUGUGUUUUUCAACCCUAUUUAUUGUUGGGUGUGAAAGUAUUAAUCUAGGAGGCAUAAACAUCCCGUAUACAACAGGACCUUCUCUCACCAUGCCUCACAGGAACCUGACAGGAAGCUGCAAUGUUAAUUGUGGUUGUAAGAUACACGAGUAUGAGCCAGUCUGCGGAUCAGAUGGAAUUACAUACUUUAACCCUUGUCUGGCUGGCUGUGUUAACAGUGGUAAUCUUAGUACUGGGAUAAGGAAUUACACAGAAUGCACCUGUGUCCAAAGCCGGCAAGUGAUCACUCCACCCACGGUGGGACAGCGCGGUCAGCUCCGUGUGGUUAUUGUCAAAACCUAUCUCAACGAGAACGGCUAUGCUGUGUCUGGGAAGUGCAAAAGAGCCUGCAAUACCCUUAUCCCAUUCUUAAUUUUUCUCUUCAUCGUCACCUUCAUCACAGCAUGCGCCCAACCGUCAGCCAUCAUAGUGACACUCAGGUCAGUAGAAGAUGAGGAGAGACCUUUCGCGCUGGGAAUGCAGUUUGUUUUACUGCGAACACUUGCAUACAUUCCUACGCCAAUUUACUUUGGCGCCGUCAUCGACACCACGUGCAUGCUCUGGCAACAGGAAUGUGGAGUGCAAGGCUCUUGCUGGGAGUACAACGUGACAUCGUUCCGUUUUGUCUAUUUCGGUUUGGCGGCUGGCCUCAAAUUUGUCGGCUUUAUUUUCAUUUUCCUGGCCUGGUACUCCAUUAAGUACAAGGAGGAUGAGCUGCAGAGGCGACAGUGGAGAGAAUUCCCUCUGAGCACUGUGAGCGAGGUGGUGGGUCACACCGACAAGGCCGAAAAGUAUGCCCGGACUAGAUCGUGCCCGGCUUUCAGCAGCCAGGGGGAUUUCCGCGAAGAGACUGGUCUGCAGAAAGGGAUCCAGUACACAGCACAGACCUAUCCGGGGCCCUUCCCCGAAGCAAUAAGCUCCCCCCCGGACCCGGGGCCGGAAGAGAGCCCUACUGCCAUGUAGCCUCCCUCCUGAAGCUUGAAAACGGAAGACUUUAGUUUUGUUGGUUGAGUUGAAUAUGGCAACUUGAGAAACACCCGUGCCUUCUUUUCUUUCUUUCUUUUUUUAACCUCUAAAGACGCAAUCCUCAAACCAACAAAACUCAGUAUACACAGCCACUAUUGAGUGAGGGCUGGAUACCUCAACUAGACUGAGAGCCUUUACCCCCUUCUCUCCAAGAAGGAGGAGUUUAGACAGAUUUGUUACCCUUUUCCGCUAUGUGAAUUUCAUGCUCGUGCUCUAGGGUGGCAUAAGGCUGAGAGGCGCCUGGUUAUUGAAAUUUUGGGAAGUGUAUUGGCAGUACAUAUCAUUAGCAUACACUCCAGACAAAGGUGAGCUUGACCAUGACUUUGCAUUUACAAAUCAGUUUUUAGAUAUGAACACAUACUGUGAGUUCCGCUACAAAGCACAAACGAAUUUGUCUCAACUAUGCAAUUUUGAUUGGGAAAAUGUAAGUGCAGCAUGUUACUUUUUCUUUCAAGAGACUAAAGCAGAUACAUUUUUGAAAAGAGGACAAUAAACCUUCCCUAAAGUACUGUUAUUAGCAUUUUAAGCCAUAGCAGAGUUAUAAAUCAGGUAGAAUUUUUCAAAUGCUUCAAAGGAAUCAUAUGCAUAGUGUGAUAAAAGGAACAGCUACUUUAUUUCAUAAGACACUUCCUUUUUUAGUCUGUCUGCCCCAUCAUAAGGUAAAGAGUCUGCUGAAUCAUAAAUCUGUUAGCUUGAAUUUAAACUCUGGUAUUCUUUUGCCAGGGGCUUUAAAACUAAUGUGCUAAACAGUAUGGCUGGAACCUGAUUUAAGAUGCCUCAUAAGGAGAGAAACUGAUGGCUUUCUCAUCCAAAGAAAAAUGCUGCAGAAAUUCUUUUAUCUCUUGUGGGCCCACACAAGGGUAGCUAAGAAUCGUAACCUUGACACUCAAAAUAGUUGGAAAAAGAAAUUCCACAGAGGUAAGACUGAGUCCCAUCUGAUCGUUUUAGUUAUAUGCCUAGAAACCCUAGCGAAUCAUUUUCUUUCUUAUGUACAGAAAAUUGCUGUGGUUGCCCCCUGAAGUUGAGUAAUUAAAUCAGGAAAGCUCAUACCUGUGAUAAGAAAAUCACUCUGAAUACAGGAGGAGGCGGAUCUGUGAGCUGUGAGAGUAUCAUCCUAAGUCAGGACUGAAAAUUACUUAAAAUCAACUCAUCUGUCAUACUGAAUUCCCUUUAUCAGAGCUAGAACGAUUUUACAUCUCUCUUUGAUUCUUUCCUACUGUUAACCUUCCCGAAGUGAUUCUUUGAGAGGAUUUCUCUGUUCCUAAAUGCACUUUGCGCUCAUUAUCCAUCAUUCUUUUGAGUCCCUCCCAGAACAUCGCUUUGACUUAGGUGCCACACAGAAUGCUUUCUACAUGGUUCUUAAGGUAGAUGCUUCCUGACAGCACUCUGGACUGACAGCAAGUUAACUCAUGGGGUCUUGGCUGCUCAGAAAAAGAAUCCUGACAACCCGGACGUCGGAGGGACGCGGAAGGUCCAAAUACCAGUAUAAUUGUGAACAGUUUCUGCCAAGGAGGCUAUGAUUAUGUAGGGGCUAAUUUAGGAACUGAUUUCCUUGGCUGGCUUACACUCUUCUGUAGAGGGGAAAUGAGUGACAGAACUGUCCCGUGAUUCAGGCUUUCUGCCCUUCAUCCUUGGAGGCGCUGGUGGAGUUGCGUGAACAUUCCUGGGUUCAAGGUCAUUUUCCUCUCCACCUAAGAACGGUGUUGUCAAAUGGUUCUUUUGGUGGCAUGUGGUUUGUGGCGAGGGUUAUCACUAUUAGACAGAAUAAUGUCUGGAAGGGGUGGAGCCAGUGGUCUCAGGUGACAAGGACUUCCCUCGAAAUGGUCUCAUUUGGCUGAGUCGUAAGUCUGCUGUUGCCUGUAAUUACACUGGUGUCUGUCCAACUUGUCUCCAUGUGGUAUAUACAGAGAACAUUGUUGAUUCACUUAGUGUCUACUCUGGUGCCUCAGGGUUCCCUUUUACUCUCUAUGGGAGAUCUUUGAUCUUUUAGGUCUGUUAGAAAGUUUCCUUUUGUGUUGGAGCUGAAGAUAUACAGGUUGGGGAGAGGUGGUAUUUGCAAAAGAAUUGCAUCGGGAGAAUUUGGAUGGAAUUAGCACCUUUUUUUUUUUUUUUUUAAAGCUUAGAUUGUUAUGUUCCAACACUCUUAGGAUCUGUCUCUUCCUGGUAGUGUAUUUUUUUUUUAAGAUUUUAUUUAUUUAUUUGACAGACAGAGAUCACAAGUAGGCAGAGA